UUGACAACAUUUGAUCGUGAAGAAAAAAAAGUUUAUGAGAUUCCCAUCACAAUAUCAGAUAGUGGAAUUCCAAAAAUGACUGGAACAAGCAAAUUACUUGUAAUUAUUGGUGAUGAAAAUGAGAACCCAAUGAAGCCAGGACGAAGUUCAAUAUUUGUUUACACUUAUAAAGGAGAAUCACCUGACAUGGAAAUUGGUCGAGUUUAUGUUGAUGAUCCUGAUGACUGGGAUUUACAUGAUAAAAAGUUCAGAUGGUUAAAUGGUCCACAUUUAAACUUUGAUCUUAAAUCUGAAACUGGUAUGAUAACCAUGCUUCAGGGGACUAGGGAACAGACCUAUGUUUUAGAAUUUGAUAUUACUGAAGAAAGCCGUUUAAUUCCCAGACACUCAGUAAAUGCAACUGUUGUUAUAACUGUGAAAGAAAUUCCAGAAGAAGCUGUUGAUAAAUCAGGGUCGGUUCGAUUAGCUGGUAUAUCCGCUGAAGAAUUUAUUACACCUAAUCAAUAUGGUGUUAGUAAAGCUACAAUUUUAAGGGAAAAAUUAGCAUUAAUUUUGAAUGCUAGCAUAGAAAAUGUAGAUGUAUUUACAAUUUUGCAUUCACCAACCAAUCCUAACACUACACAACUUGAUGUUAGAUUUUCGGCUCAUGGUUCACCUUAUUAUCAGCCUGAAAGGAUUAAUUCUGCGAUUGACUUACACCAAGCUGAGCUUGAAAAAGAAUUGGGUGUAGUUUUUCUUAUGGUUAAUAUUGAUGAAUGUUUAGUAGAAAAACUUUAUUGUGAAUCUUCGUGUACUAACUUUCUUAAUAAAAGUAAUGAACCAGCUGCAGUAUUUACAAAUACUACAUCAUUUGUUGGUAUACGAGCUAUAAUUAAGCCAUUUUGUCAGUGUGAACAGAGGUUACCCUCUGUUAUAACUUGCUUUAAUGGUGGUA